AUGGCGCCAGGACGCGGCACAUUCGGUCUCUCCUCAGCGCGCGGUAGAGGCCGAGGUAACUUUCGUGCAAACUACCGUGGUGGUUCAUGGCGUGGUCGCGGCAGAGGACGCGGCGGCUCAAAGGCGACGGGGGACGCUGUACCCAUUCGCGAAGACGACGGUACGCAGCUUGCUGAGAGGUUCGAGAGGGCUGCGUUGAAUGAUGAGGUUGAUGAGAAGCUUGGGUUUGGGAGGAUACAGGAGGGGGUGAGGAAGGAGGGGUGGCUUGUUAAUAUGCAUCCUACGCUUGUGAAGGAUCCGGAUUGGCCUUCUGGAAAAGCGGCGGUUGAUUUUUAUUUUAUUCAAGAUGAUGGGGGGAUGUUUAAAUGUACUUUGCAGUACGAACCGUACUUUUGCAUCGCGUGCAAGUCUGGUACAGAAGCUUCUGUUGAAGAAUGGCUGAAGAAGAAGUACGAAGGCCUGAUUUGUCGUAUUUCACGAGAGAAGAAAGAGGACCUUAAAGUGCCCAACCACCUCAUGGGCCACCGUCGACUUUUCCUCCAGUUAUGUUUCCACAAUAUAUCGGACCUCCUCACCGUCCGACGCGACAUCCUCCCCCUCGCCCAGGCGAAUAGCGCCAAACGAGACGCGGUCGACGCGUAUGCAGAGGUCAUCCGUGAGACUGCUGCUAUGGAUAUUGAGAUGGAAGACGAGGCCUGGGCGACGAGUGUUCAACCAGGGCGAGGUGGUGGUGGUAGGGACUCUGAUCCUCGGGAGGGCAUCAUUGAUAUCCGGGAGUACGACAUUCCAUAUUACCUGCGCGUGGCCAUCGACAACGAUAUUCGUGUGGGUUUGUGGUACGCUGUGACGUUCACCGCUGGACAUCCUUCUUUCUGCCAUAUUGCGGAAAGGGUCAAACGUGCGGACCCGGUUGUUAUGGCGUACGAUAUAGAGACGACGAAGGCUCCUCUCAAGUUCCCGGACCAGGCUAUUGAUCAGGUCAUGAUGAUCUCGUAUAUGGUGGAUGGGCAGGGCUAUUUGAUUACGAAUAGGGAGAUUGUUAGUGAGGAUAUUGAAGAUUUCGAGUAUACCCCGAGAGAGGGGUAUGAGGGUCCUUUUAUUAUUUUUAAUGAGAAAGACGAGGCUGCAACUAUAAAGCGCUUUUUCUCGCAUAUACAAGACGUAAAACCGACCGUUAUGGCUACUUUCAACGGCGACUUUUUCGAUUUUCCUUUCCUCGAUGCCCGGUCCAAGGUGAACGGCAUUGACAUGUUCCUUGAAACAGGGUUUGCCAAGGACGCAGAAGACGAGUACAAGAGCAGGACGUGUGUUCAUAUGGACUGUUUCCGUUGGGUCAAACGUGAUUCAUACUUGCCUCAAGGAAGCCAAGGUUUGAAGGCUGUUACAACGUACAAGUUGGGGUAUAAUCCGAUUGAACUUGAUCCCGAGUUGAUGACUCCAUAUGCAUUGGAACAACCUCAAGCCCUUGCACAAUACUCAGUUUCCGAUGCUGUUGCGACCUAUUAUCUUUAUAUGAAAUACGUGCAUCCGUUCAUUUUCUCGUUGUGUAACAUUAUCCCUCUCAACCCUGACGAGGUUUUGCGGAAGGGAAGUGGAACAUUGUGCGAAACGUUGUUGAUGGUGGAAGCUUACCGAGGACACAUCAUCAUGCCAAACAGACACGAAGAUGCACACGGCAGUACGUACGAAGGUCAUUUGCUUGCCUCUGAGACGUAUGUUGGAGGCCAUGUCGAGGCACUUGAGGCUGGCGUUUUCCGGAGUGACAUUGCGACUGACUUUAAGAUAGUCCCAGCUGCGGUACAACAGCUGAUGGACGACCUUGAUGCCGCUCUUACUUUCUGCAUCACGGAAGAAUCAAAGUGCUCGUUGGACGACGUUACCAAUUACGAAGAAGUCAAGGCCGAGAUCAAAGCAGCCCUCGAAGUAAUGCGAGAUAAUCCCAAGCGUGUCGACAAUCCCCUCAUCUACCAUUUGGACGUCGCGGCCAUGUACCCCAACAUCAUGUUGUCGAACCGACUCCAGCCUGAUUCUAUGGUUGACGAAUCUGUCUGCGCUGUUUGUGAUUACAACCGACCUGGAAAGACGUGUGAUCGUCGACUCGAAUGGGCCUGGCGAGGGGAAUUCUUCCCCGCCCACCGAGACGAGUUUAAUAUGAUAAAGCAUGCUUUGAAUCAGGAGUCCUUUCCCCCCAAGCGUCCUGGAGGACCUCAACGGCGGUUCCCUGACUUGAAUCCAACAGAGCAGACGGCUCUCCUGCAUAAACGACUUGGCGAUUAUUCUCGCAAGGUGUACAAGAAGACGAAGGACACAAAGGUCGAGAACCGGGAGGCGAUAGUGUGUCAGAGGGAGAACCCCUUUUACGUUGACACCGUUCGCAGGUUCAGAGAUCGUCGGUAUGAAUACAAGGGUCUGCAUAAGACGUGGAAGAAGAAUUUGGACACGUUUGUGGGUGAAGGCCGGUCCAUUACGGAGGUUGACGAGGCGAAGAAGAUGAUCGUCCUUUACGAUUCGCUGCAGCUUGCGCACAAAUGUAUAUUGAACUCUUUUUACGGAUACGUGAUGCGCAAGGGUGCACGGUGGCAUUCUAUGGAGAUGGCUGGGAUCACUUGUUUGACGGGAGCUACUAUCAUUCAGAUGGCUCGUGCUCUCGUAGAGCAGAUUGGUCGACCAUUGGAGCUGGACACGGAUGGGAUUUGGUGCAUGCUUCCUGGCGUGUUCCCGGAGAAUUUCAAGUUCAAGCUUACGAAUGGGAAGAACAUUGGGUUUUCAUAUCCUUGUACCAUGCUGAACCACUUGGUUCAUGCAAAGUUCACCAACCACCAAUACCACGAUCUCGACCCUGACACGGGCGAAUACGUCAUCCACAGCGAGAACUCUAUCUUUUUUGAGCUGGAUGGCCCUUACAAGGCCAUGAUUCUUCCAUCUUCGAAGGAGGAGGACAAGCUGCUUAAGAAGAGGUAUGCUGUCUUCAACGACGAUGGGUCCUUGGCAGAGCUAAAGGGAUUCGAGGUGAAGAGACGUGGAGAACUCCAACUCAUCAAAAUCUUCCAAUCUCAGAUCUUUGAAAAGUUCCUUCUCGGUACCACCACCCAGGAAUGCUACGCCGCUGUGGCUCAAGUAGCCGACCAGUGGCUCGAUGUUCUGUAUUCUCAAGCAGAGAGUCUGGGCGACGACGAAUUGGUGGAACUUAUUGCCGAAAACAGAAGCAUGUCCAAAACUUUGGCAGAGUAUGGCAGUCAAAAGUCGACCUCUAUUAGCACUGCGAAACGACUUGCUGAGUUUUUGGGUGACCAGAUGGUCAAGGAUAAGGGUUUGGCUUGUAAAUUCAUCAUUUCGGCCAAACCGAUGGGUGCUCCAGUCACGGAGAGGGCCAUUCCAGUCGCGAUCUUUUCUGCAGAAGAGAGCGUGAAACGAACGUACCUUCGCAGAUGGUUGAAGGACAAUGGCCUGGUCACGUUUGACCUUCGCUCGAUCCUAGACUGGAACUAUUACAUUGAACGGUUGGGUUCCGUUAUUCAGAAGCUCAUCACUAUCCCAGCAGCUAUGCAGAAGGUUUCAAACCCUGUACCGCGCGUCCGCCAUCCAGACUGGCUUUUCCGUCGAGUUGCUGGUGCAGUCGACAAGUUUAAACAAAACAAGCUCACUGACUUCUUCCGCCAAAAAGGAGAAGAGGGGGACGAAGGCGAGGAAACUCAACCUGCUGACAUGGAAGAUUUCGGUUUGGAGCCCCGCCAAGUCAUCCGGCCUGGGUUCUCCUUUGUCAAGCGUGGUUUUGUUCGUGAAGAAUCACCAGAGGACGUCACUGACAAACCGCUUCCGAAUCCCACUGUCAACUACUCUGCAUGGAUCAAAGCGAUGCGUCCAAGGUGGAAGAAAAAGCAGGAAGCACGGUAUGGUGGAGGGACAGUCAUCCCGUCGAUGUUCCAGGGGACGAGGGUCCGGAGUAAUCAUCGUUGGGAUAUUGUUCAACUUCGACCAAGCAAGGUUCCAGGACGGUUUAUGCUCUGGCUUCAAGUGGACUCGGAGCUUCUUGCGGUCCCCCUUCGUGUGCCACGGGAAUUCUACAUUCAUCUCAAAAAACCGGCUGAAAAUAUUUUUCAAACCGAAUAUUACUCGUGCGAAAAAGUCACUCGAAAUUUGCCCCAUGAUCUUCCAUGCAUCAAUCUUUACAAGAUCAUUGUACGGGAAGAAGUAUAUCAGAAAAUUCAGGAACACUUCGUUGAUCUUACAAAUGACCCCAAUGUCGAUGGCGUCUUUGAGCAACAAGUACCACUCGUAAUCCGAGCCGUUCUGAAGCUGGGCAAGACGUGCAACACAGACAAUUCGAGUCUUACCCUCAAUCGCGCCCGACAAGUUGGUUUUGAUUUGAACCAACUAGACCGCUGUUUGACCUCUUCGUCACGCCAAAAAUACCUCGACAAGGGCAAAUUAGGCAAAUACCUGUUUUUAUACCACGCAUGCUCUGCAAACGCCCCUCUUCACGUUUUCGCGGUCUUCAUGCCGGGGGGCGAGGUCAGGCUGCAUAUCGUUGACCCUGCGACCAAUCGACAGCCAAUUGCUCGUCUAAAUUCCGUCUACACUGAAAUUCUGGAAAAGAGACGGCAAAUGUACGGCCCAAGUGUUUCCAUCACGUACCCCACAGCCCCAAAGUUCAACACUGCAUAUCAUUCUAACGACACAACGGCUUUAAAGGCUGUCUCCCGCGAGCUGGGACUUUUCGAAGACAAAUCGUUUAUCGUCGUUAUCUCGUCAAGCAAAGACCAGUCCUAUUUUGACCGGUUGGUUCCAAAGCUGGCCAAAUUCCCUGUGUUGUGCAUGUCGCAGGCGAAGGGUCCUCACACCCUUGACAUCUUCCCUUGGCAUUCUCACUUGGCCCAGAAGAUGUUGAACCGAUAUCUGUCGCUUGGUCUUUGGCUUGAUCGGAUGAUUGACCUUGCUGAGUAUUAUGAUGUUCCCGUUGGACACAUCGAAGGAGAUCAACCUCUCAUGUUGUCAGACAUCAGCUUUGCUCGCCGUUUGGUGCAGCAGGAUAUUGUCCUGUGGUGGUCGCCGGGAGACCAACCAGAUUUGGGAGGAAUUGAGCACGACCGACGGCCAACCGAAGAUCUUCCAAAAACUGAUUUCCUUUCAGCAGGCGUUUAUUCGAACGUUUGCUUAGAGAUUACAGUCAGAAAUCUUGCAGUCAAUUCCAUAUUGCAGUCCGUCAUGGUCAACGAACUUGAGGGCAGCGGAGGGGCGACUGCCUUUGAUUCGGUAUCCCAUACGUUAGACGAGUACGCUAGUGGCGAAACGCAACGAGACCUUACGCUUGGCGAGUCGCAGGUUUCUGCACAGACAUUUGGUAUCAUGAAAAACAUGCUCAAGUCUUGGCUCGUUGAUAAGAUCCAAAACAUAGAAAAUCCCGCCAAUCUUGCCCUCGACCAUUUCUGGAGAUGGAUAACGUCCAGCGCUUCGCAUUUGUAUGACCAGAGCAUACACCGCUUCGUACAUGGCCUCAUGCGAAAGACAUUCAUUCAACUCCUGGCCGAGUUCAAACGCCUUGGCUCCGUAGUGGUUUACGCUGACUUCAGUACCAUCCUCUUGGCCACGUCAAAGCCUCCAGGCACGGCCCACGCCUACGCAACAUACAUAACGACAGCGGUUACAUCCCAUGAACUGUUCCAACACAUAUACUUGAACACGGAGAGGUUCUACGAUUUCCUUGUUUGCAUGGAUCGCGCCAAUCUCGGUGGUAUCGUAUGUGAAGACCCGCUAGCGCUUGAACCGCCAGAAGAACUCGCCAUGGAGAUGCGUUGGAAUAUUGAACAGUUCCUGCCUCCUGCAAUUCAAGGCGAUUUCAGCAUGAUAAUUCAAUACUUCAUCAUUGAGCUCUAUCGGAUCAAACAAAAGCUCAAUCUGACGUCAAAAACUCCAUUGCGAGUUCUUCAAAACGAUGCUCCAGAUGCGACACAGCGCGACGCAGCCAAAGCAAACGAGAUUGAGCUAAUCUCCGAAUUCAUUGCCCGACGUUUAACACGAAAGAUGCUCAAGGUGGUUGCGAACAUUCACGAUCGGCAGCGGGAGUAUCAAAUGCUGGAAGAACCUAGCGGGGAAUUCAGUUUUCCGGUCCUCCCUGGAUCAUAUCUCCACAUGUCGAAUCCUACCCUUGAGUUUACCAAAUUCGCCUGUGCCGUCUUCGCCUUGGCCAAGGAGUAUCGGAACGAAGUUGGAAUUUUGAAACGAAACUUGUUGGAGCUUGUGGGCGUUCGAGAAUUUGCGGGCGAAGCAACAUUUCGAAAUCCGUGCGAGCCACUUAAGCUGGCGAAUGUGCCUUGCCGUCACUGCGACGUUCUACGAGACUUCGACUUCUGUCGUGAUCCGGAACUCCUCCCGAACAAUGUGGAUAUAAAUCCAAGAUGGCUUUGUAACCACUGCGGGGGCGAAUACGACCGCGUUGCCAUCGAGUUCAUGCUGAUUGAAAUGACGAGAGCCUUGGAACGAAACUUCGCGCAACAAGACUUGCGAUGUGGAAAAUGUCAACAGAUCCAAUCGGACAAUGUUUCUCGAUAUUGCCGAUGCUCUGGCUCUUACCAGUUUACUAUUUCUAAAGCUGACAUGCGCCGAAAAUUAAGGACGAUUGUCAACGUUGCUCGCGAGUAUAACUUGCCGCGGUUGAAGGAAUGCUCACAAACCUUGCUGGGCAAUUGGUGA